AUGCUGAGGCUGUGUGUUGUGUUCAUCUGCCUUUUGUAUGGGGUGAAAACAGAUCCUCAGGAGACAUGUCCUGCAUUCACAGCCCUCAGCUUCGGGAAUGCUUUGAUAGGGACAGAUCUGAAAGUGAAGCUGCUGCUCUACACCCGGCAGAAUCCAACCUGUGCCGAGGAGCUCCACUCAACAGCCUCCAAGUACCUCAAUGUGACCAAGAAAACGACCUUCAUCGUCCACGGGUACCGAUUCACGGGCUCUGCCCCGGUCUGGAUCCCUGCCCUGGUGCAUCUCCUGCUUUCUGUAGAGGACAUGAACGUCAUUGUUGUGGACUGGAACCAGGGGGCAACAACUCUCAUCUACAGCUAUGCUUCCAGGAAGUGCAAAAGAGUUGCUGAGAUUCUGAAGAAACUUAUAGAUGAAAUGUUGAUUGAAGGAGCAUCCCUUGACUCCAUGCACAUGAUAGGAGUGAGCCUGGGAGCACACAUCUCUGGCUUCGUGGGACAGCUGUUUGACGGCACACUGGGAAGAAUCACAGGCCUUGACCCCGCGGGCCCCUUGUACAGGGGCGCGGCGCCGAGCGAGAGGCUGGACCCCACGGACGCACAGUUUGUGGAUGUCAUUCACUCCGACACCGACGGACUGGGUUAUGGAGAAGCACUGGGCCAUGUCGACUUCUAUCCCAACGGCGGGACCGACCAACCAGGCUGUCCACUGACACUCUUUUCUGGAUUGCAGUAUUUUAAAUGUGACCACCAGAGGUCUGUUUUCCUGUUCCUGUCCUCCCUGACACAGAGCUGCAAUAUCACCACAUACCCCUGCAACUCGUACAGGAACUACAGGAAUGGCAAAUGCACCAGCUGUGAACCCUUCUGGCCCAUGCCAUGCCCCAUCCUAGGUUAUUAUGCCUAUGAGUGGAAAAGCUAUUUAACACAACAGAGCCAUCCAGUGACAAGUAUGUUUUUCGACACAGCGGACAAAGAGCCAUUCUGCAUCUAUCACUACUUGGUGGACAUUAUCACAUGGAACAAAGACACCAGGAGAGGCACCUUCAGCAUCGUGCUAGCUGAUGAAGAUGGCAGGAAGGCAGAAUCAAAAGUUAAUCCAGAAGCUGCCACCUUCCAGCAGUACAAACAAAUCACUUUGCUCAUUGGGUUUGACCAGGAUCUUGAAAAUGUGGAAAGAAUUUCCUUGACAUUUUCCACGGGAUCUGUAAUUGGCCCAAAAUUCAAACUCAGGAUUCUCCAAAUGAGGUUCCACUCACUGACAAACCCAGAAAGACCCCAGCUGUGCCGGUACGACCUGGUCCUGACUGAGAACACGCAGAAAACCUUCAAGCCCAUCCCAUGCUGA